GAAAAAGAAAGAGAUGAACUGUUUCGAAACACGUUGGCGGUUGUUGAAUGGGGAUAAAGGUGUGCUUAUUUCUGAUUGGUUAGUCGUGAAUCGUAUCUUACCUCUCUUUUUCUCUCUUUUAUAUGACCAUUAAAAAACCCUUUGUGUUUAUGGCUGCUGCUUUGGCACACAAUGGUGGUAUUGGAUAUAAGAACGGACUUCCAUGGAGUAUUCCCGGCGAUUGGGAAUAUUUUGAAAGAGUGACAACAAAAUCUUUUGAUGACAAUAAGCACUAUGAAGAUUAUAACAAUGUCAUUAUUCUAGGGAGAUACACUUUUGAAUCAAGGCCCAUGUGUAGUGUUCCUUUAUUGAGUAGAUACAAUAUUGUUGUCUCUCGAAAUCCUACUUAUAAAAUCACUUCACCUAUAGCAGCCCUCACGACAAGCUUAGAAGAAGCAUUUGAAUUAGCUAGCUUAAAAGUCAAAGAAAACGGCCGCAUCUUUCUAUUAGGUGGAGAGCAGAUUUAUAGACAGAGUAUCUUGAUGCCAGAAUGCACUCAUGUAUUAUUGACGCACAUCUACAGCACAAAAGAGAUCCCUUGUGAUGCAUUUAUCCCCAAGAUUGACCCCAAUGUGUUUCGCUUAGCUAACCAUGAUGAAUUGGAAGCAUUCAUACAAGAAAAUAUACCCAAAGGAAGACAAACAUAUCAACACUUUGAAUAUGAAUUUGUACUCUACAUUAGACAAUAAACGAUUGCCCUUUCCUUCUUACACUCAUGUAGAUAGU